GUCCCACCUCUCUUCGCUGGCACGCUCGUGCGCACAUUGUUCCUCCAAAUAAAUAACACUUCAUGCGUAAUCUUAUUUUGAUUAAGAUUCUCUGCGUUAUCAAAUAAUAUUUUAUAAUUAGUCGUCAUACAUAGGUCACAAUCUUAUCUCCUUCUCUUUAAUAAAUGUUUGUGCUCGGGGUUCAGUGAAGUCAGUCAACGUGGAGCAACGAACAAAUGUACUAAUUUGAAGAGUGAAAACGAAUUUAAAUUUAACGAUCGAAGAAAAGUGAUAGAUACGCAAAAAGUGAUAGUUUUCCGUGAUUUCAAGUGCAUUACCUUUUUAUUUUUUUGUGAUUUAAAAUGCCUCUUCGUCGGAGCAAGGUUUUAGUGAAAUGGAUCUUCGAGAACCAGCACAAGCUGCAGACGGUGCGCUGGUGCAGCUCGUCGCUGCGCUACAAGGAGCUGGAGGAGGCGGCGCACGCGCUGCCCGAGGCCCCGCCCGCCGCCGCGCCCGCCGCCCGCCCCGACAUCACGCCUGAACUUUCCUUCAAGCACGAAGACCUGCAAGUGCGGCUCGCGGCGCCCUACCAGCUGCAAGCCAAGCCUGAGGCCCAGGACCUCGGCUUUGGCAAAUACUUCACUGAUCACAUGCUCAAAAUCCCGUUCCACAAACAACUCGGCGGCUGGCAGAAACCAGAAAUCCUUCCUUUCGAGAACCUUAGCUUGCACCCCGCGGCCAAAGCUCUGCACUACGCGAUACAAUUGUUCGAAGGCCUGAAGGCUUAUCGGGGAGCAGACGAUAAGAUCCGGUUGUUCCGGCCGGAUUUAAACAUGGAGCGUAUGAACCUCGCCGCGCAGCGGUCAGGGCUGCCAACGUUCGACAGCGAGGAGCUUAUCAAGUGCAUCUGCCGGCUGGUGCAGAUCGACCAGGAGUGGGUACCACAUUCUGAAACCUCCACACUCUAUAUACGACCCACCCUUAUAGCCACUGAGCCAACCUUCGGCAUCAUGGCUCCUGAGACAGCGUUGCUGUUCGUCAUCCUAAGUCCAGUGAGUGCGUACUACAAGACGAGUACGGACGGCGCCGUGUCGAUUUACGCAGACCCCAAUGUGGUGCGCGCCUUCCCCGGCGGUGUUGGCAAUAGGAAAGUCGGCUCUAACUACGGCCCUACGAUUGAGGCCACGGCGCGAGCGGCGAAACUAGGUCAUCAUCAAGUGUUGUGGCUCUUCGGACCCAACCACGAGCUGACCGAGGUCGGCGCUAUGAACAUCUUCAUGGUCUAUAUCAACGAACAUGGAGACAAGCAACUAAGUACGCCGCCAUUGAACGGUCUGAUCCUGCCGGGGGUCACGCGCCGGUCGAUCAUGGAACUUGCGCAGGAGUGGGAGGACGUCACCGUAAAAGAAGAAGUCAUUACAAUGGACCGCGUUGUCGAGCUCAACAAACAAGGACGGUUGUUGGAGAUGUUCGGCGCGGGCACUGCGGUGGUGAUCAGCCCCAUCAGCAGGAUAGGCUUCCUCGACCAGAACAUCAACAUCCCCACCAUGAAGCAGCCGCAGCCGCUCUACCAGAGGGUCAAGGACACUUUACUCGCCAUUCAGUACGGACAUAUAGAACACCCCUUCUCCAAACUCAUAUCAUAGUGCCAGGCCCCACGCCUAAAGACUAUAGUGACAUAAGUGAUAAAUAUAACAUAAGCUCACGACUAUAUUUCCAAAUUGGGCUAGUCAGAGGUACAUAGUAACUUUUUUUAACGGGUCGAUACACGAGAAUGGAGACUGCUACACUGAAAAGAGCCUGGUUAUUAAUGUUCAAUAAGGUAAAAAACUAUUUUACAUAUCGAUCCUUUAAAAAUAGUUAACUAUGUAUAAAGUGCGUGAAUCUUUGAGUGACUAGUCAGAGGUACGUCCAUAGUAUGAUGAACGAAGUACCGAUGCAUCACCGAGCUUUUUAUUAGACCAACGUGAUAGGCAACAUAAGUGAUUGACAGUGAUAAACUUCCAUGGACACUAGGUGCCGAGGGAUGCUAUCUUAAUGGUGCCUUAUCGAGAAUGUUUACAUUACUUUCAGUAUGAAAAAGAGUUUUGUGUGAACAGCAAAUUAGGUAUUUAAAUGAUAAAGACGAUAACAGUCAAGGUUAAUGUGUAACUUUGAAUAAAUAUCGUUUGUGACGUAUAGCGAAUUUUAUGCGAAAAUGGAAUUUCUGCUCGUAUUAUUCCAAAUACUCGAGACUUUUAAUUUAUAAUCUAUUUAAAUUUUAUCUGAAAUGCGAGCAAGUAUCGAGGUUGUAUAUACUCGUGUUAACUGUACAGAAUAGAAUAAAUUUUGAUAGCGAAUGUGAUACUAAAUUAUGAAAAGCGUUAGCAAGUUUACUCUGACAUUUAUCAAGAUUUUGUCAUUGCCAUAGUAACAUCUGAUUAAUAAUAAUAUACCUGAGAUGUUGUAUAACAGCCUCCGUGGUCUAGUGGUUAGAGCGUUAGGCUAACGAUCUGGAGGUCCGGGUUCGAUUCCCGAUGGGGACAUUGUCGAAAUCACUUUGUGAGACUGUCCUUUGUUUGGUAAGGACUUUUCAGGCUUGAAUCACCUGAUUGUCCGAAAAAGUAAGUUGAUUCCGUGCUUCGGAGGGCACGUUAAGCCGUUGGUUCCGGCUAUUAGCCGUAAAAACACCUCCACCAACCCGCAGUGGAGCAGCGUGGUGGAGUAUGCUCCAUACCUCCUCCGGUUGAUUGAGGGGAGGCCUGUGCCCAGCAGUGGGACGUAUAUAGGCAGUUUGUUAUGUUAUGUUGUAUAGCGUACCCUUUAUCAGGUAAUGAGAUGAUAAGGCAGGGAGUAAACUUGCUGGUCCUUUGGAGCGUGUUGUUUUCUAGUCUAAGAAUCUGUAUGAACUGUAUAAUAUUUAUAAAUACACUUAAAUUUAUUUACUUCCC